AUGGUUAGCUUGGCUUCCAAGUGCAACCACGGCCUUCUCAUAGGAUUACACUAUCUAUCUUGCUUCUCUGACGGUAGAACUGGGCGCACCUUGUUUAGUAGCUUCAUGAAUGCCGUUCUCAGAGCCUUUCGGAUCCAAGAGCGUGAUGAGAUUGUUUCUGAGGAGCUUUCUGGGCCCGAUCUAGGAACUCGUACCGUGUCCCCCAAUGGCGUUCAAGACCUCUUCUCAGAGAGGCAGUGA